AUUGCUCGCAUGGGCUGGCGUCCUCUGUUGCUUCAUAUGGAAUGGAUUUGCUCAGCAAGGUGGAAGUGACUGCAUAAAAGCUAAUGCCAAAUCAUGUGGCGAAUGUAUACAAGCAGGACCAAACUGUGGUUGGUGUAAAAAAACAGACUUCUUGCAAGAAGGAGAACCAACGUCUGCCCGAUGUGAUGACUUGGCAGCACUAAAGAGUAAAGGCUGUCCUAUGGAAGAUAUAGAAAAUCCCAGAGGUAGCAAACAGGUGCUUGAAGAUAGAGAAGUAACGAAUCGUAAGAAAGGUGCUGCAGAGAAGCUGAAACCAGAGGCCAUUACACAGAUCCAGCCACAAAAAUUAGUACUGAAACUAAGAGUUGGGGAACCCCAAACGUUUUCAUUAAAAUUUAAGAGAGCUGAAGACUACCCCAUUGACCUUUAUUAUCUUAUGGACCUCUCCUAUUCUAUGAAAGAUGAUUUAGAGAAUGUGAAAAGUCUUGGAACGGCUCUGAUGGUAGAAAUGGGAAAAAUAACUUCAGACUUUCGAAUUGGCUUUGGCUCUUUUGUGGAGAAAACUGUGAUGCCAUAUAUAAGUACAACACCAGCCAAACUCAGAAAUCCCUGUACAGGUGACCAGAACUGUACAAGUCCAUUUAGCUAUAAAAAUGUGCUUAGCCUUACCAGUGAAGGAAAUAAAUUCAAUGAACUUGUAGGUAAACAGCACAUUUCUGGGAAUUUAGAUUCUCCUGAAGGUGGAUUUGAUGCAAUAAUGCAGGUUGCAGUUUGUGGGGAACAAAUUGGAUGGAGAAAUGUUACAAGACUACUAGUGUUUUCCACAGAUGCUGGAUUUCACUUUGCGGGAGAUGGUAAACUUGGUGGAAUUGUUUUACCAAAUGAUGGAAAAUGUCAUCUAGAAAAUAAUAUGUACACAAUGAGCCACUAUUACGAUUAUCCCUCUAUUGCUCAUCUGGUGCAGAAGCUUAGUGAGAACAAUAUUCAGACAAUCUUUGCUGUUACUGAAGAGUUUCAGGCCGUUUAUAAGGAAUUGAAAAAUCUGAUACCAAAAUCAGCAGUGGGAACAUUGUCUUCAAACUCCAGCAACGUGAUUCAGUUGAUCGUUGAUGCAUACAAUUCCCUUUCUUCAGAGGUUAUCCUGGAAAACACUAAGUUACCAAAAGGAGUGACAAUCAGCUAUAAGUCUUUCUGCAAGAAUGGAGUGAAUGACACACAAGAAGAUGGAAGGAAAUGUUCUAACAUUUCGAUCGGAGAUGAGGUUAAAUUUGAGAUUAAUGUAACAGCUAAUGAAUGUCCAAAGAAAGGACAAAAUGAAACCAUUAAAAUUAAACCACUGGGAUUCACUGAAGAAGUGGAAAUUAAUCUCCAGUUCAUCUGUGAGUGUCAGUGUCAAAGUGAAGGAGAACCUAAUAGUCCAGCCUGCCACGAAGGAAAUGGAACAUUUGAAUGUGGAGCAUGCAGAUGUAAUGAAGGGCGUAUUGGAAGACUAUGUGAAUGUAGUACAGAUGAAGUAAAUAGUGAGGAUAUGGAUGCUUACUGCAGGAGGGAGAACAGUACAGAAAUAUGCAGUAACAAUGGAGAAUGCAUUUGUGGACAAUGCGUAUGCAAGAAAAGAGAAAACACCAAUGAAGUGUACUCUGGCAAAUACUGUGAAUGUGAUAACUUCAACUGUGAUCGAUCAAAUGGUUUGAUUUGUGGAGGAAAUGGGAUCUGCAAAUGCAGAGUGUGCGAGUGUUUCCCCAACUUCACUGGCAGCGCAUGCGAUUGUUCUUUGGAUACUUUUCCAUGUAUGGCAUCCAAUGGGCAGAUUUGCAAUGGAAGAGGAACCUGCGAAUGUGGAACCUGUAACUGUACAGAUCCCAAAUUCCAAGGCCCCACGUGUGAAAUGUGUCAGACUUGCCUUGGUGUCUGUGCAGAGCACAAGGACUGUGUUCAAUGCAGAGCUUUCGAUAAGGGAGAAAAGAAGGAAACAUGUUCUCAGGAAUGUAUGCAUUUCAACAUGACACGAGUAGAAAGUCGAGACAAGUUGCCACAGCCUGGACAGCCCGAUCCGUUGUCUCAUUGCAAAGAGAAGGAUGUGGACGACUGCUGGUUCUACUUCACGUAUUCUGUCAACUCAAAUGGUGAAGCCAAUGUCCACGUGGUAGAGACCCCAGAAUGCCCCAGCGGCCCUGACAUCAUUCCCAUUGUAGCUGGUGUGGUUGCUGGAAUUGUUCUUAUUGGACUUGCAUUAUUAUUGAUUUGGAAACUACUAAUGAUCAUUCAUGACAGAAGAGAAUUUGCUAAAUUUGAAAAGGAGAAGAUGAAUGCCAAGUGGGAUACGGUAAGUCAAGAGGCUUUUAUCUGUAUAAAAGCUGCAGUAGUUGAGGAAGAAUAUAAGAUUUUUGUUCACGUGCCUCAAAUAUUUAAGAUUGUAUUCCUGCCUUUUGGCCUAUGGACAAACAGAAGCGGAGAAGCUGCCUUUAAGGAGAAACACCCUUUUUCUCUGAAAGCAACCAUGACGAAAGGCAGUACACCAGCUACAUCGUCUUCCUUAGCAGCAGCUAUUGUUUUUGGGGGUGAAAAUCCUAUUUACAAGAGUGCAGUGACAACUGUGGUCAAUCCUAAAUACGAGGGAAAAUGA